AUGGCCGGCGGCUUCGUGCAGUAUCAUGAGCCCAGCAUCGUCCAAAUUCUCGUGAUAAUCUCCUUCUUCCUCUUCCUCUCCCUGGCAGAAUGGAUCUCAGCCAAGAUCAUCCGCGCUGGCAUAAUCGGGCAUAUCGCGGUCGGCAUCAUCUACGGGCGCCCGCUCGCCGAUAUCCUUGAUAUCGAGUGGCAGCAGACAUUCAUCACGUUGGGGAGGUCUCGGCGCACGCAUCGACCUGCUCAAGCAGAACUUCAUACUGAGUAUGCUGGGCGCUGCGACGGGCGUGGCCUUUCCGAUUGGGCUUUCGUACUUACUGCUCUAUCUGGGGUUUGGGUUUGGGGCUGUCGAGACGUUUAUUAUUGGGGCUGCGCUGUCGGCUACUUCGCUUGGUAUAGACUUCUUUCCUUUCCAUCUGGAUUGUUGGCCUCGAAGACAGUCGACCUGGGUCAAACGCGCGUUGGGUCCGUUCUUGUCAGCGCAGCCGUGAUUGACGAUGUGGUCGGUCUCGUCAUGUCCAGCGUAAUCUCCGACCUAGGCGAACUCAGCUCCGGCAACCACCACGUCAACCUGGGCUGGCUAAUCGGCCGCCCAAUCGUCGCCUCACUCGGGAUGUCGAUCGUCACCCCGCUGGUAACAAAGUACGUCUUCGCACCGCUCUUCCGGCGGUACAUCGAGAACCACUUCGCGCGGUACGACCAUAUCUCCAACAUCGUUCUCAUGGCGCUCGUGCUGUGCGCGUUCAUCGCUAUCGCCGCGUACACGGGGACAUCGAUUCUCUUUGGCGCGUUCCUUGCUGGGACGUUUCUCACGUAUAUCCCCUCCAAGCACCCCGAGAGUCCGUUUGUGGUUAUGAGUCGCGAGGAGGGCGAGAGGGAGGAACAUAAGAGUCCGACCUUUGUGCAUACGUUUGAGCGGUACCUGGUGGAUGUGCAGAAGUACCUCAUGGAGCCGCUGUUCUUUGCGAGUAUUGGGUUUGCGAUUCCGUUUGUGCAGCUUUGGACUGGGAGGAGGAUUUGGAGGGGGGUUGUGUUUACGUUGUUGAUGGUUUUUGCGAAGUUUGUCGUUGGGAUGUGGGUGCCGCUUUGGCAGGCCGUAUUCCGGUCAAAGUCUGACGAACCCCGACGGCCACCUCGGGCUACUCAGGACGCGAGGCGACAAAGAGACGAGGAGGUAGAGGCAGCAUCGGGAACCGAGACGCUCAACGAGAAGCCAGCGAAUGAAGGCAGAGUGACCACUUGGCUCUCCGGGCUUCUCCUCGGCUCAGCGAUGGUCGCGCGAGGGGAGAUCGGGCUGCUGAUUAUUGAAAUCGGAUACAAUGAGACGUCGUAUGUUAGCCAGGAGGGGUUCAUCACGGGCGUCUGGGCUAUCCUGCUCAACACGAUUAUUGGUCCUGUCAGCGUUGGGCUCCUGGUCAAGUUCUAUGGGAAGCGGAUUGGCGAUGGGGAGUGGGGGUUACAACCUCAGGAGGCUCAGCCACCUGCAGGGUCGGUUGCGUGA